CCACACCAACUCACAGAAGAACACCAUGUCAAACGGAGUGAUUGAGGUUGAACCAUUUCAUUUCUCGCAAGCGCCGAAUUCUUUGGUACCUGAGUGCGGCCAAGGGGUACUGUUCAUAUCAUGGCGCUUUCUACACCAUCUGUAACCACGCUAGCACUGGUGGUCGUAUUUGCCUUCAUUAUUCAUCGUUGGCGGACUACAUCGACAUCCGGACCCACCGCCAAUCCAGAUUUCGAGAGCAAGUUGACAGAAGCGGCUAGGCGACUCAGCAAAGAGCUCGCAGUCGCACUGCCGGACAGCGUCAUUCUUCCCCAUGAUACUGUAGCCUUCAGCGACUCGAUGAACUUCUACUGGGCGCAGCAAGAGUGCGAAGCGGUCCCCGCAUGCGUUGUUCGACCGCGCGACGUCCAGGAGCUCAGCACCGCCGUAGCCAUCCUCAAACGGGAGUUUGAUGCCCGGAAGAGCCAACGCAAAGAAGGAAAAGAGAGCGAAGGGGCAGAAGGGCUGUUUGCUAUUCGUAGUGGUGGGCGAAAUCACAUUGUCGGCGCGGCCAGCAUUGUGGGCGGUGUGUUGAUCGACCUCAGCCUGUUCAACAAGAUCACUCUUUCGGAGGAUGGUUCGAGUGUAGCUAUUGGACCCGGAACUAGAUGGAAAGAUGUGUAUGAGAGCCUUGAGAGGAACGGACUCACUGUCCUUGGAAGCAGAAAUUCUACGGUCGGCGUGGGCGGUUACACCCUGGGAGGUGGCAUCUCCUUCUUCUCCGCACAGUUCGGCCUUACCUGUGCCAACAUGUCCAGCUACGAAGUCGUUCUGGCCUCUGGUUCAGUCGUCACCGCAUCCGCGUCAACCAACCCUAAUCUUUGGCGUGCCCUGAAAGGCGGCUCCAAUAACUUCGGCAUCGUCACGCAAUUCACAGCCCGGACACUACCUUCCACUAAGAUAUGGAGCGGCUUUCUCUACAUGCCCUCUAGCCAGGCUCCCAAAGUCCUCAGAGCAUACCAAGAGUACAUGGCCAGGACCGAUUCAAGCGAUCCUAAAUACGACGUCCACGCAGCCGGUCCCAUGGCCUGCUUCACAUAUCUCCACAAGCUCGGUAUCCAAGCCAUUGCAGUCCACAUGGCCCACACCAAUCCGCCCAAGGACGAGAAGAAAUGGCCAACCUCCUGGGAAACCACCUCGUUCAAGAACCUCUGGCGUUUCUGGAGCACUUGCAAAAUCCGCACCAUACCCGGCGCGAGCGAAGAACUAAACGCAACGAAUCCCCCCGGCCGCCGCCAGACGUUCGGCACCACGACCGUUAAGAACGACCUUGCCACUCUCGAAGCCAUCCAUGCCGUCUACUGCGACGCCAUCCCCGAGAUCCGCCGCAUGAACAUCAAGAACAUGUCCUGGACGCUCGUGCUCCAGCCGCUCGUAACCACCUGGGCACGCAAAGGCGAUCCGACGCCCCUAGGCUUAGACGAAGGUCCCGAGGAGCCUCUCAUCAUCGUCAGCUUGACUGUGAACUGGGCGCUUGGAAAGGACGAUGAGGCAGUUCAGGCGCUGACGCAACGCGCUAUCGAGAAGAUUGAGGGAUAUGCGGCGGCGAGGGGGACGGGCCAUCGGUUCAGGUUUCUGAAUUAUUGUGGGCCGUGGCAGAAGCCGUUUGAGAGCUAUGGAGAGGGGAACUUGGAGUUCUUGAGGGGGGUUAGUCGGAAGUGUGAUCCUGAUGGGCUUUUUCAGAAGGGGUGUGUGGGUGGGUUUAAGCUGGGUCUGAGGGAUUGCGAGGCUUGAGGCGGGUUCUCGGUGUACUCUUAUGGGGUUAUUUUUCCGUGCGCGUGCCUGAGGAGGGAUGGAAACCCGAUGGCAUGACCCAGUGCCCACCAACGACAGGGUAUCAAGAAGAGAUACACAUCUCGCCAGCCCAUCUGUAACUCAUCAUGCUCACUCGGCUCCUCUCGUCGGUGCCCGCGCUCGAUGCCGAACCGUACCGCGUAGUCGUAGUUGGACAAGCGACGCUACCCAGCCCCCCCUCUGCUACUCAAAGUCUUCGGUCGAAACUGUCGGCGCGUUUCCUCAAGCGAAUCCUAGG